AUGCCAUCUCUGGCCCUUAAUAUUGAUCUUAAGUGGAGAUUACGAAGAACAGUUCUUUGCACCGUGAGAGGAAAACAUACAGAAAAGGAAAAGGAGGAAGAUCUAAAGGCCUAUUUACUCCAAAAUGUUGAGGAUCACCUGUGGAAGGACUUUCUAUUCUGGAUUUCUGAUCUUGGAUGGGAAGCUGCUACCAAACUCAACACAAACUUUGAUGCUCUUCCACAAUGGCCGAACUUGGCUCACUUUAAGGUUGUCAUGUCAGUUGAUUUCAAUGAUGGCUCACAUCAUGAGGACAUAUCAAAGCUGGUUCUCUUUACAGCGCAAAAUAUCCUCCUUGAAUCGCAGUCUAAGCUUGGAUACUUGCUUCUACAUUGCAUACACUACUAUAUUGAGCUUGAUAUGCACACUUUGUUUGAAGUUCACACUGAGGAGACUAUUACAGCUGGAAGGGCAACCCUGAAUAAGUUCUCAGAAUUGAUGGAGGAAUAUAUCACCAAGUCACAGCCUGAAACGAACAAAAAUUGGAGCUUUCCCAAGAAACAUAUGAUCACGCACAUUUUCAAUGAUAUCUUAGCUAAAGGUGCAGCAUCAUCUAUGCACACUGAGCUUGAUGAGCUUGACAACUACAGUCGAAAGGCUUCCAAUGACCCAGAGACAAAUGAACCUCUAGAUAUUGAACCAGUAGUGCAUCCUGUCGUCCACAUGCACUUAGGUUUGAAACAAGGCAAACAUUCUUUUCCAAACAUCAUGUGCACACACGGAACCAACAGAGCCUUUACCGACUUUCAGACCAAGUUAAAUGGCUUCCUGAACGUGUUCCUACCACAGAAUGGCAUUCCCUUGCCAGAUGGUCCAGGAAGGGCUCUUCAUCUACGAGCUGAGGAUGAGAUUAUAGAGUUCCAAUUCCUGCAGAUGAAUUAUGAAUCUAUGGUUGAUUGGCACCUGCACCAAGAUUUACUUUGGUGCAGCCCAAAAUUCUAUGGAUCACUGAGCUGCUCAAUUGGUGAUACUGAUUUUUCUCUGGCCCUUAUCCAUCCUUACAAUGUCGGUAUUGGUGUUCAUCAAAGGAGGGAUGUUGAUUUGGGAUUGUGUCGAUUAUUCGAGGGGCUGCACUUGCCAGAAAUCCAGAAAUGGAUGGAGAUCAUUUGGUUAUACAUACUAUAG